GCCAGAUCAUACAGGAAAGAAGAUUUGUAGAAGCAAUAAAUCGUCAAGCGUAUCAGUAUGAAAUGGGUGACUUUCCAAUAGAAUGGGAAGCAUGGAUAAGAAAAAAAAGAAAGGAUCCACCCACCAUUGAGGAGAUUCUUAAAAAUGAAAAUUAUAGAGAAGAGAUGAAACAGAAAAUCAAAGAUGUAUCUGAAAAGGAUAAGCUGCUGCAGGCCAAGGAAUACAAGGAGGGACUUGUUGCCAAGCCAGCUCGUACUCAUGUUAAAGGUCAUGCAUCUGCCCCUUACUUUGGAAAGGAAGAGCCUUCGCAAGAUCCAACGAGCACUGCAAAUACCUUUCAGCCAGGCUCCUGGAUGCCACCGCGCAGUGGUAGUAGUCCUAAUAAAUAA